AUGGCGGAGGCGGCUCCGACGACAGCAGCUCAGCGCAGGGAGGGGGGGGAGGAGACGGCGGCGGCUGCUGGGCCGGGGGGUGACGAGCGGGGCGGGCUCCGCGGCAGAGGCGGCGGCGGCUGCAGAGGCGAGCGGACGUGUGCCGAGCGGGCUCCGCGAGCACGAGCGGGGGCCGCGGCCGGAGCAGCAGCUGCAGCCGGAGCCGGAGCCGGAGCCGGAGCGGGAGGAAGCGAAGGCGGCAGGGCGGCGGCGGCGUGUCGGGAGCCCCGGGCGGCAGCGGCAGCGGCAGCGGCGGCGGCGGACGACGACAUGGGCGCUGGGCCGUGGGGCGCGCGCAGGGCGCUGGCGGCCGUGCUGCUGGCCGCCUCGGUGCUCAGCGCCGCGCUGUUGGCCCGCGGGGAGCUCCCGGGCCCGGACACGCAGGAGCAGGAGCGGCAGCUGCAGCUGCAGGAGCAGCAGCCUCGGGAUAUCAACAAAAGAAAGCUCCCAGAGUUGAAGAUGGAUCAGGCAUUAUUAAUUAUCCACAAUGAAUUUCUUCAUGGAGAUUUGAAUGUCUACUGGCUUUCCGACCAUUGUUAUCAAUGCUUGUAUCAGUUUCUGGUGUCCGUUCCAGUGAGUCCAAAACCUGGACACCCUAGCAUUGCAGCUGUUGCAGUGAGCUCUCAGCACCCUGUCACCCUGCUUCUAAAUGAUACCUUGGAAAAGAAAGAGAUUUGCCGGAUACAUUAUGUUUUUGGAGAAUUUGGAAACUAUUCUCUCUGGGUAAAACCUCACUAUGGUAGUAUCAACCAGAUGUCCUGUGACAUGGUCGUCAAUGAAAAUCCGGUCAACAGCAAUCUUCCUAUCUACAUUGCAUUCCUUAUUUAUAUAGCAAUCCUCAUUUCCUCGUCUGUAGGAAAUUUCUUUGUGAAACUUGAUCCUGUUCGGAAUUGGCUGUACAAAAAAAUGAAUCCCAGAGAAACUGAUCGUCUCAUUAAUUCUGAACUGGGAUCUCCAACCAGGGCAGAGUCUUAUAGUAGUGACCUGCAGGUUGAAGCGUGGAGGCUGACCACUCCAGUGCAUCGCCUUCGCUCUCUAGACACAUUCAGAGGGAUUGCUCUUAUCAUCAUGAUUUUCGUUAAUUAUGGAGGAGGAAAAUACUGGUUCUUCAAACAUGAGAGCUGGAAUGGUUUGACUGUGGCAGACCUUGUGUUUCCAUGGUUCGUGUUCAUCAUGGGCUCUUCCAUUGCCCUCUCCCUGAGCUCCAUGCUGAGGCGAGGAUGUUCCAAAUGGAAGCUGCUGGGGAAAAUUCUGUGGAGGAGUCUUCUGCUCUGCGUUAUGGGAGUCCUGAUUGUGAAUCCUAAUUAUUGCCUCGGACCAUUGUCCUGGGAUAAGCUGCGCAUCCCUGGAGUGCUUCAGCGGCUGGGAUUGACCUAUCUUGUGGUUGCGGUUUUAGAGCUUCUCUUUGCCAGAGCCGUGCCUGAAAAUAGCACGAUGGAUAUCAUCUCAUACUGGCCACAGUGGAUUUUCAUUCUGAUGUUGGAGGCCGUUUGGGUGUGUGUGACCUUCUUGUUACCAGUUCCUGGCUGCCCAACGGGUUAUCUUGGCCCUGGUGGUAUUGGAGACUUUGGAAAAUACCCGAAUUGUACGGGAGGAGCUGCCGGCUAUAUCGAUCGUUGGCUUCUGGGAGAAGACCACAUCUACCAGCACCCGUCUCCUAAUGUGAUAUACCACACCAAAGUGGCCUAUGAUCCAGAGGGACUCUUGGGAACCAUCAACUCCAUUGUGAUGGCAUUUUUAGGAGUGCAGGCUGGAAAAAUCCUCUUGUUUUACAAAGACCAACACAAGCAGAUCCUGCUUCGGUUCCUUCUGUGGAGUGCCAUGUUGGGUAUUAUUUCAGGUGUAUUGACCAAAUUUUCUCAAAAUGAAGGCUUCAUUCCAGUAAAUAAAAAUCUCUGGUCCAUCUCCUAUGUGACAACCCUGAGCUUCUUUGCUUUCCUUCUGCUCCUGUUUAUGUAUUUCUUGGUGGAUGUGGCAAGACUGUGGUCUGGAGCUCCCUUCUUUUACCCAGGAAUGAACUCCAUCCUGGUGUACGUUGGGCAUGAGGUCUUUGAGAACUACUUCCCUUUUCAGUGGAAGAUGGAGGACUACCAGUCUCAUAAGGAACACUUGACUCAGAACCUGGUCGCCACUUCCCUCUGGGUUGUCAUUGCUUACGUGCUCUACCGAAAGAGGAUUUUCUGGAAAAUCUGAGGGCCACGCAGAUACGUGUCACUGGACUGAUUCUAGAGGGGCCCAGGGAGAUCGGUGAAGCAAAUAGACUGCCAUCUGUAUUAGUGGGAAAAGUGAAUGGGCUGUGGAGUGUCUGCGUCGUGGGAACAUGGAAUCCUCUUUGAAUGUGCAUAAAUUAGAUGCUGUAGUCGUGUAAACUGGUUUAACUCAUCAGAAA